GCUGUUCGCGUCUCGGUGCGCAAGCGACCAGCGCGACCAUGCGGUUUGUUUACAUUCAAACCUGUAUCAACAUGACCAGCUUCUGACCUUUAAAUUUUUAACUUGAGUAGAUCUUAUAAAAAAACUCACGAUGUCGAACACGUGCCGUACCUGUGGGGGGUCCUCCUUCACGGUGGAGUGCGCGGUCAAGAUGUGCGACCAGUGUGGCACAGAACAAACACAUUACACAGAGUACAUGAGUCAGGAGAUGUUCACGGAGGUGGAUCGCUCACGGUAUGCGUCACAGAUUGCCGAUGAAAGAGAUGAUGCCGAUUCAGUGGACUCUAAGCCUAAAGAGGCACUUCAGAAUGAUUGGACAUCGUAUGAAGCCUUUAACAUUGUCUUGUUUGAGUGGACACAGGCUUUGCGCGCCAGUGGGGCUUCCAAGGACUUUCAGGAGAUGGUAUUCAGGCUUUGGGUCACAUAUCUGCAACGUAUGGAAGUAGCUUUCAUGCCACUGGAAGAGAAUAAGGAAUUCAAACCGAAGGCAACCAUUAUUGAGAACAUAAGAGAUGUACAGUUGAUACACAGUGGGCAAGAGCAAGUGGUUUCAGGCUCAUCCAGACGCCAACAGAAGACCCCUAAAAAAAAAGAGGAGUCGUUGGAUAAGUUAAAGAAGAAGGUGGAAACCAGGAAAUUAAGGAAAGUGAACGAGAAUGCCCUGAGUAAGUAUUUAACAUUGGAAUUGAGUAAGUCGAUCAUAGAAAUGGCGGAAGAAUCAUCGGACUCCGAGCCCGGGAUUAGUGACAUUAAUGGCAGCAAAAGAGGUAUAAAGAGGAAAAACAAAUCAGCUCCCAGCAACAUAACGGGAGAUGAUACUUUGGAGUGUUCUUUGGACAAUCAAAACUCAUAUCUAUGCGCAAUGUCAAUAUCAAAUGCCAGAUGCAAGAUUGCAACAAGCAAAAGUCCAUACAGAACCCCAGUCCUGUGCCGCAAUUCUUUCAUCAGCAAACAUGUCAGCAAAUACCAGAAAGAAAAGGAUUUACAAGAUGAAAAUGCAAAUGACACUGACAAGGCACACGCUGCUGCAUCAAAAAGCUUUCAGGUGACAAAGUACUACAUCCAGGGGAGAAUGCCCUUCCAUCUGAAUUACAAGAAGCUCUUGGGUCUGCUGUAUCUUGCCAUCCUUCUUUCGGAGGAGGAGAUUUUGUUGAUGGAUAUUAUCAGAUGGUGCCGAGAAGGCCACAUCCCCUAUGUGUCAGCGCAGAACCUACUGAAGCAGGACAUGAAAAUGAUCCGAGAAGACAUGGCAGUGUUCAGGAAGGUGCUUGUCCCCACGGCUGAUGCGAUUCAAGAAGUUGCAGGGAAGAUGGCUGCCUUCCUUUCAGUCCAGUACAUACCACUCCCUAGGGAGGAUCUCAUCAUUGAGAGGAUUGUGGACAUCCUUCGGUUGCCAGAGGCUGUGAGCUCCAUGGCCAAAGACCUAGUACAUCACAGCAGGUGCAAAAUCGACCACAGUUUCUGCUUGCGUGUCCCCGACUUGGAAGCGAUUGCCAUGGCUUCUGUAAUUUCCAUUGUGAAGCUGUGCUGUGGCCUUGAUGGCUUUCAAGAAGUAAGGCUGUCACAAGCAGCAAAGAUUAUGAAUGAACACCAUAAGGACAAACCUGCCUGGACACAGCUCUUUUCCUGGGAGGAGUGGGAAAGGCACAUGCAUUCUCUGGUGUGGUUUUGUGGCCAAGUAAAUGCAGUAUUUGCACACCAUUUCCAGUCAUUUGGCACUGGAGGUGUCAAUGCCAAGAUUCUUUCUCAGUUUUAUUGGGAAGAAGGGCUUUGGAGAACACCAAAAACUACUACAAACUAUGGCCAUAAUGAAGCUGCUUACAAGAUAAUAGAGAAGUUUUUAGACUUCCAGGGAAAGCCCUUGGAAGAUAUGAUAGAUCAGAACACUGUCUUAAGGAUGUCUAGGAAUCCUCUUAUGGAUAUUGUGAGCCAUUUCUUGGGGACAUUUAAGGAUGACAAAGAUAAAUCCAUUCAACAGUUAGUUAAGAUUGGCAGGAGACUGCAGAGGAAGACUUUCAAGACACAGAAAAUAAACUGGGCAGCUGAUCUGGAAAAUGUCCAAGCAAAAUUGGCGAAGUAUGGCUCUAACCUCAUUCUGCAACCUCAGACUCUGCUGGACCAUAAAGAUAAGAACAAUAAGAAUAAUAAAAGCUCUAAUUCCAAAACACAUUCCAAGAGUAACAUAGAUCUGGAAAAUCCCAUGUUGGACAAAUCAGAACAGAAGCUUUUGAUACCACAGCCUCACAGGAAUAUCUGGAGGGCCAACUGGACACAUAAAAAUCGUGUUGAAGCUUGGAAUUCCUGUCCAACGACUUACAAGUGGAUACUCAAUCUUGGUAGCCUGAUAAUUGAGACACAUAGAGAUAGGCUAUUGUACUACACUGAGAUUUUUGAAAAGCUUAGAUAGGAAUGUCUUAAAGUUGUAGUUGCUCUUCUGACUGAAGUCUGACUUCCAUAUUAUUAGAAAAAAAAUGAAAUUGAGGGUCACUGACUUUCGAAAUACUGACAAUUUUGGUUGUGUAUAUUUUAUUAUUAAAUAUAGAUAUUCCUUGUUAACAUUGUUAAUCUUGUAACAAAGUGGUGCCUGAGGACUGCCUUUGAAAUUAGUAUGAUUUAUUAUAGUAUGUAGAAUUGAUUACUUGAUCUAAUGGAUACUACUCUGUGAUACUACUCACUCUGUGAGAGACAUCGUUUAACUGCCAGUCUUGGUAGCCCUCUAAUGAUUCAGUUAUCAUUCAACUGUCAAAAUAUCAUUUCCUUAUAAAAUCUAAAAUAUUGUUCAAAAUAUAACAUAGUUGCUCUCUACACAAAGCCAUUAUGUAGUUGAAACUGUACUAUCAACAUGUUUGAAAAUAUACUAGGAAGAAACGUAUGUGGACAAA